CCGUUCAGUUCGCCUCGCGCCGGCGAAUUGGAGAUAGAUUUUUGACUUGAACCGAGUCGCUGACACUUACGUUGCCUUACGUUUUGCCGACACUUACGUUUUCUUACGUUUUGCUUGCUGUUUCGGUUUCGAAAAAUUAAAACAUCCAGACACAGACACAGACACUAACCGGCCAGCAAACCGUUCAGUUCGCGCCGGCGAAUUUGGAGAUAGAUUUUUGAACCGAGUCGCUGGGGGAAAAGUGUGUGACAGCCGUGUGUGGUGCGAUCCAGCCAAUUGAUACUGCGAUAAGAGGCGGCGAGCAAAAGUAAUUACCUCAUAGCCACCCACCAUCAGCGUUCGAAAAUAGUAACCGUGUUUUCUGUGAUAUUGUCUGCACAUAAAUCAAGUAACAUAGCCACCAACUCAACACAUCAAACCCACCAAAAUGAUCAACAUGGACAUUAGCGUUACGCCCAACUACUCGUACAUCUUCGAUUUCGAGAACGACUUCAUACACCAGCGCACUCGCAAAUGGAUGCUGGAGAACUGGACAUGGGUGUUCUACUACUGCGGCAUCUACAUGCUUGUAAUAUUCGGUGGUCAGCACUUUAUGCAAAAUCGGCCGAGAUUUCAACUGCGCGGCCCGCUGAUCAUAUGGAACACCUUGCUGGCCAUGUUCAGCAUCAUGGGAGCUGCCCGAACGGCGCCGGAGCUGAUUCACGUGCUGCGUCACUACGGACUCUUCCACUCCGUCUGCGUGCCCAGCUACAUCGAACAAGAUCGCGUGUGCGGCUUCUGGACCUGGCUCUUCGUGCUCAGCAAACUGCCGGAGCUGGGCGACACGAUAUUCAUCGUGCUCCGCAAGCAGCCGCUCAUCUUCCUGCACUGGUAUCACCACAUCACCGUGCUGAUCUACUCGUGGUUCAGCUACACGGAAUACACCAGCUCGGCCCGCUGGUUCAUCGUGAUGAACUACUGCGUGCACUCAGUGAUGUACAGCUACUAUGCGCUGAAGGCGGCCCGCUUCAAUCCGCCCAGGUUCAUCUCGAUGAUCAUAACGUCGCUGCAGCUGACACAGAUGAUCAUCGGCUGUGCGAUCAACGUGUGGGCCAAUGGCUUCCUGAAGACGCACGGCACUUCGUCCUGCCACAUCUCGCAGCGCAACAUCAACCUGUCGAUCGCCAUGUACUUCAGCUACUUUGUCCUGUUCGCGCGAUUCUUCUACAAGGCGUACCUGGCGCCCGGUGGCCACAAGAGCCGGCGCAUGGCCGCCUCCCUGGCAGCCCAGAAUGCGGUCAAGCAGUCGAGCAGCCCCCAGCAGAUCGGCGAGAGCUCCAAGUUCAUCGGCACUGGCGAGGAUCAGGCUGCCUAUCUGCGCAAGGCCAAGGCGCAGUAAGGAGGGUGCUCGGCACAUGCACACCUACUCCCCUCCCAACUACCACCACUCCCCCCCCCCCUGUUUACGGCUAAGGACAUUUAUUUAUGUAGAGGUGUACAAGUUGUUUUUUAAUUUUAAACCUGGGUGGCAUACAGACACACGGAUAAACAAGAGUAUAAUUUGUAAGCGAAAAGUUGUACCGGGUGGUUAGGCCAACGAACUAUAUAUCUGAGCAUGUAUAUAAGAAGCAGACGAACCUCGAACCUAUCCUAACCAAAGUCAGAAAACUGUAUGUAACUGGUGUACAUGUAAAGCUUAAAAUUUAUACAGCACUUUAUGUGCAGGCAUGAAUUUAAACCUCUAGAAAUGUUCAUAACCAGCCAGCCAAAGGGAAGUAUUAGUGAAAAGAAAGGAAUUUAGCUGCUUACUAGCCGUUUGCAUGAGUUAAAUUAAUAGUCACCCUGAAACAUCUUAGCAUGUGUAUUUCCCCAGCUGCAGUUUCAAACGUGUGUUGUCUAGCCCAAAGUCGUUUAUGUAUAGAUUAUAUAAUUUGCAGAAUUAUUGACAGCCUCUAAAUUAAUGCUUGUUUUCCACCAGUCCUCGGAUUCCAUUUCGAUAUUUGCGUUGUCAGCGAUAAUUUGCCUUCUCAGGUGGGAUUUUGUGUUGCCUCCCAAUUUUAGUUGAAAUUCUCAAGAAAGUUCAGACUCCUGCCUAUAAUUUGUAUAUCACUCUGUAAGCGAUACAUGAACAAUGGGUAUUUUUGAUUCGAAUUCAAUUUAAGUUGCUGGUAAAAUGUUUUCCAACAAAAAACUUAUGUAGUUGGGGUCUGAGAACAUUGUACUUCUAAGUCUAUACGCAUAUAUAUUUAUAAAACCUAUAUUAACAGAAUAUUAAACAAGUGAAAACAAAAACCAAUAACGAAACACUAUAAGUUAGUCUAUUGUUCCAAGAUCCAGAGCGCAAAUUGUUAUUGUAAAGUAAUAAAGUGUUUUGAAAUCUGUUUAAAUUAACAAUAUUUGUAAUAGUCUUAUGACGAUUGAUGAAAAAUUCUGUAGGCCGACUGGACUUACAUUGUCAUGGAAAAUCGAAUCCAAUCGGUCGGCAGAGUUUUAAGUUAGUGUCAUAUUGCUAUAUAAAAGGUUCGAUUCUGUUAGGGAAGGCAUUUAUUUAGUUCGCCUGUGUUGAAUGCAUUUUAAUAUUCCUUGUUUUUCUAUGCUGCUUUUUGGUAACUUAGAAAAAAUACAGAAAGUCCUUGAACGUAACACAAAACAAAAAAAAAAAAACAAAAUAACCAGAGAAAAAUUUAAAUUAUAUUUAUAUUUGUAAGCGAACAGAAAAUGUGGAAGAGCAAAAACCAAGAAAAUGAAAAGCAAAAGUCCUACUUGAAAAGUUAAUUUAGUGUAAACGAGGAAACUGUAACUGAAAAUGAAAAUGAGGCAGAAGCUGAAAGAGGAUCGUGUGAAUGGAGAGGAGGAUCGAUAUCAAUAUAGAUUGAUACUGAACUCUAGCAGGAGAGAGAAAUUGUAACGAACAAACUUGAAAUUUUUGUCGGGUAUACAUACUAAAUAAAAACUAAGCGGAAACAAACCUAAAGAUUGAGAAUGCUAAACAAAAACCAACGGAUAAAUAAAACGUAACAAACGGAAAAGGAUGGAAAAA